CCAGGAGAGACCGGCCUACACAAGAGAGAAGAUCGAGAAUGGUGCCCCCGACCGGACCCGCGGGCGGGGCGUCGUCGGGCGGCAGGGUGAAGGGGUCGUGGAGCCCCGAGGAGGACUCGCUGCUGCGCGCCGCGGUGUCCCGGCACGGCGCCAGGAACUGGAGCGUGAUCAGCGGCGAGGUCCCGGGGCGGUCGGGCAAGUCGUGCCGCCUGCGGUGGUGCAACCAGCUGAGCCCCGCGGUGCACCGCCGCGCCUUCACCCCGGAGGAGGACGCCAUCAUCGUGGAGGCCCACAACCAGUGCGGCAACAAGUGGGCCACCAUCGCGCGCCGCCUCGUGGGACGCACCGACAACUCCGUCAAGAACCACUGGAACUCCACGCUCCGCCGCAACCGCAGGGCGGCCGCGGCAGCGGCUGCCGCGGGCAACGCCGUCCUCUUCGCGCCCCCCGCGGCGGCGGCGUCCGUGUCGUCGUUCCAAUCUCUGAAUCUCACGGAGGAGGAAGAAGAAGAGGACGACGAUGACGGCAGCGACGACUCGCUGCCCGUGCCUACAAAGAGGCAGUGCGUGACCGGCAUCGUCCCUCUCGCGGUCAAGCUGCAGGAGUCGCCGCCCGAGCCCGACCCGCCCACGUCGCUGUCGCUCAGCUUGCCGGGAGUCCAAGGGUCCUCCGGCGCCAAAGUUUCCACGACGCCGGAUCAGUUGGCGAGCGAGAGGGCGAAGCUGGAGCAGAACCCGUUGCUCAAGGCGGCGAUGCAGCAGAUGGUCGCGGAGGAGGUGCAGAGGCACAUGGGGAGCGUCUACUCGGCCCUCAUGGCCUCCUUGGCCAGCGGCGGCGGCGCGGCCAAUCCACCACCCAAGGCCAGGAUCGAUCGAGCAGUGCCGUACCCGUGCCCGGCAGCAGCCGGUCGAGACCAGAAAGCGGACGGUCGGAUGGGCAGAUAGAUAGAUAUGCAUUUCCGUUGCAAGUCUUACUCAACUCUUUGUUGCAUUGCUUGUUAGUUUGUGCAUGGCGUUGGCUCUCCCGUGUCCAUCCCCGGCUAGAAUCUAGCUAGCUUCUUGUUGAUUUACUUUAGAAAUUGCGUCAAUUGCAUGAAUGAAUUAGGCCUCUAUUUUCCUGCGAA